AUGCCACCAAUUCGCAAUAAAAACCGGAAAAAUUUAGAUGAGCAAGAGGGACGAAUCUUAUUAGCAAUUUCCGAUUUACAGAAUGGCCGAAUUCAACGUGUAGCUCAAGCUGCAAGGAUUUACGAGAUCCCCCGGACAACUUUACAAGAUAGACUCAAUGGUAUUCAACAAAGAUCUCUCGUACGCGCCAACAGCCAUAAAUUGACUCAAUAUGAAGAGGAAUCGCUUGUCAAAUGGGUGCUUGAUUUAGAUCGACGUGGAUUACCCCCCCGGCAUUCUCUUGUACGAGAAAUGGCUAAUUAUAUACUUUCACAACAUGGCAAACCACAAGUUGGAAAAAAUUGGAUAACUAAACUGAUUAAACGCCGUCCAGAGAUCGAUUCCAAAUUCGCAAGGAAAUACAACUACGAACGUGCUAAAUGCAAAGAUCCAAAGAUAAUACAAGAACAUUUUGAUCGCGUACAAGCUGCUAUAUCUGAGUACGGCAUCUUACCAGAAGAUAUAUUCAACUUUGAUGAGACUAGCUUUGCUAUGGGACUCUGUGCAACUGCAAAGGUUAUUACUGGAAGCGAUCGAUAUGCUCAGCCGAAGCUUUUACAGCCUGGAAAUCGAGAAUGGGUGACUGCAAUUGAGGCAACAAAUUCAACUGGAUGGGCUGUGCCUUCGUACGUGAUUUUCAAAGCAAAGAAAAACGUACGAGAAGGCUGGUUUGAUGAUCUUCCAGAUGAUUGGCGAAUCAAUAUUAGCGAUAAUGGCUGGACUACAGAUCAGAUAGGAUUAGAAUGGCUUAAAACCCAUUUUAUUCCCUAUAUUAAUGGUCGUACGGUUGGAAAAUAUCGAAUGUUGAUUCUUGAUGGCCAUGGAAGCCAUUUGACACCAGAAUUUGACCAUAUAUGUACUGAGAAUAAUAUUAUUCCAGUCUGUAUGCCACCUCAUUCUUCGCAUCUCUUACAGCCUCUUGAUGUUGGCUGUUUUGCUGUUUUAAAGCGACAUUAUGGGCAGCUUGUUGAGCAACGAAUGAGGCUUGGUUUCAAUCAUAUUGAUAAAAUGGACUUCUUAACAGCAUUUCCACAGGCUCGUACAGUGGCAUAUAAAGCUCAAACUAUUCGGAAUAGCUUCACAGCCACUGGAUUAGUGCCUUUCAAUCCAGAUCGAGUUAUACAACAGCUUAAUAUUCGAUUGAAGACACCAACCCCCCCUCCAAGUCGAUCAAGCAAUACGGCAUCAUCCUGCUUACAAACACCUCAAAAUAUACGCCAAUUUAUACGCCAGUCGACUACAAUCAAUAAACAUAUAAAUGAGCGUACAGAAAGCAACCAAAAUCAAGAAAUCAAUCAGGCAGUUGUACGGUUGUCAAAAGCCUACGAAAUGAUAGCGAAUGAUGUUUUACUCGUACAGAAAGAGAACUACGAUUUACGAGCUGCACAUAAGAAAGAGAAGCAAAAGCGCCAAAAAUCUAAAAAGCAAAUAUCUAUUAAGCAAGGGGUUACUAAAGAAGAAGUGCAAGCGCUCGUACAAGGUCAGGUUGAGGCAUCCCAUGCUGUUACUACUACUCCGGCUGAGCCGGAGCUCCCAGCUUCUCAAGCAGUCGUACGCCGCCAAUAUCGCUGCAGUGAAUUAACCAAUGCCCUAGUCGUAUUAGUAUGGUGCCGCUUCGGUGGUGAAUUACGUUAUUCGUAUCCGCCGUGGGAAGAACAACAAAUAUCGUAUCCGCCGCCGAUAUUCGGUCGAAUAAUAUCUGCCGAGGCGGAUAUCUGGGGGCCUCACCAUAGCGUACAUAAUGAUCCGAUUGGUACAAAUGGCAGUCCGUGCAACCCGAUUGAUCCGGAGAGCCCACCAGGGAUCUCCGGGAAACUAAAAACUCCGCAGACCACGUCAACUGCCAUCAAAAAACGUAAAGUAGUGGCAUGUGUCCACUGUCGCCAGAUGAAGCUGCGAUGCGAUUCUGGAGACAGGUUCCCAGCACCGUGCUCCCGAUGCCAAAGAGCUGGCCGUGACUGCUCCAUUGAUCCCUCUUUCAGAAGGGCCACGAAAAGGGACCGUCUGGAGGAUCUGGAGCGAGAAAUCCACAAUAUCCGUAAAAACUUAUCAACCAGUGUGGAUGGUCUAAGAAUCCCUUUAGAUACGUCCUUAGUGGCGGAUAAUAUGGAUGCACUUCGAGAUGUACAGUCUUCCAGAACCGAACCAGGCUCGGCUUCAGCGGUAAUCCCAGACGUCCAAACGUUGGAGCAAAUCGCGGUAUCUCGCGACCUAUUUAUGAGAAUAUUGGACGAGUACACCUAUCUUACAUGUUUCGUGGUUGGCACCGUGCUGACUCCUAGUAGAUAUUUUCAAUAUUAUCAUUCCCGAUUUCAAUUUCUUCCGUCCAAAGAAAGAGUACUACAGGAUUGUGGUACCUGUUCCCUAUUAUUUUGGGCAAUGGUUGCUGUGUCAUCAAGAUCUAUCCAAGAAUGCAAGAACUUCCGGCAAAGUCUCAACUGGCCGCUUAGGCGACUGGCUACGGAUAGUGCUAUCCGAGAGAUCCCUUCGCUACCUUUAGUUCAAGCAUAUAUACUACUGUGUGUCUGGCCAAUGCCCUUCGGGGCGGUCAUUGAUGACCCUUCGUGGACCUACUGUGGGAUUGCUACACAUAAAGCGCAUCAUCUUGGCUUCCAUCGACCGAAGCAUUCCAAUGAAUUUGUUGCCAAGGCCGGUUUGGAUCACGAAUUACUCGCAUCGAUGAGGAACACCUGGCUCGCCUGCUUCAUCGUAAAUCAAAACAUUAGUUCAAGACUCGGAGUCCCACCCACCAUCAGACCAGACUACACAAUCAUGCAAGCUUUAAACAGUGACGAUUAUUGUAAUCGGACAUUCCAGCAGCUACUAAACCUAGCAUACCAGGAAGCUACAUUUUCAAACUUACUGGGCCAGGAUGUCUCGACUGCAGAUGGACUCACAUCCGAUCCGCUACCUGUGAUACAAGCCGCUGACUUGGAGCUCGAGCAAUUCGAAAUAAGACACAAAGCAACCUGGUCGGAUGAUGUCGAACGGCACUUUCUUGGUGUCAGGCUUAGACUUUAUUCAUAUGCAUUCCUCCGAUCCGAAAGACCAGUAGACGCGAAAAGAGAGGAGAGGACUAUAAACGUUAGCCCGAAAACUUUCUCUUCACGGAUCUCUGUCGCGUCAUAUCUGUCCAAGUCUUACACCGCUGCUCUACGGCUCAUAGCAAUCUCAUGCCAAGACAAGGCAACAGAUUACAGGCCUUACGAUGGGUUACAUAUGCUAGAACCUUCCACAUCGAAUAUAUGGCACAUUUGGACUUCUUCGGACGUUGCUAACAUACAUUUGGCCGCUUCUGUAUUGUUGCAACUCAUAAGAAGAUCGGAUUUAUGGAAUGACGAUGAUACAGAAGCUAAAAACGCGAUCAGUCGAACUUGGUACAUAUUUUCAUCUCUUUCAGUUUGCAAAGGAGAUCACUUCGAUAGGAUAUGCGACAUCAUCGAUUAUAUUAGCAAGCUCAUGUGGCCGUCAUGGCCGGAUUCAAUCUCUGUGAGAUCUCGUAUGGGCGCCAACAUUCAAGUCGAUCUAGUACAACGCGCGCGUAGAAGAUAUGUCGAUGGAGUAUCCACUUACAGCGCACAGCUGCCCGAAAUGCAUACGGAAACUUGUAUGAAUAAUAACCACGACAACUUGGGUGGCAUGAUUCAAUUCUCGGGGAUGUCUGACGGGAUCUGUACCGCGUUUGACGAUGGAUUAUGGCCAAUAUGGGAUUCCUCUUUAAGCCUAAAUCGCCUAUCUUAGUGCUUUAUAAUACGUUAAUA